AUGUCGAGCCAGAAGGAAUCAAUUCCCUUCCUUUCUCAGGGUCAGAAUCUCAAAUUAGAGAGACCGCAUGUCGAAAAAGCUAUCGAAAACUUGCACAAGACGCUCAGCGAGAUGCUCGUUAUACUAUUGAACGAUCAGAAUAUUGUGAACCUUCCAAUACGAGCUUACGAUUUGGACUUGCCUGGUCAGAAUAACGAAAGUUCCGACUCGAAACAGCUCUCUUUUUUCCAACCCAUGAGUGAGGAAGACUACUUUCGUUACAAACUCUCUGAAAAGGACAAAGAGCGUCACCUCAAGAGUUUUCAGAGGUUUUCGAGGAGCCGAUUGAAGAAUGCCCUGGGAUGGGAUUCCUCUAAGCAAAUACGUUUCCAGGCAAAGCCUUGGUACCUUCACAAGGUGGUUUUGGCAAGAGAGCUUCUGUGA